CGCCGGCAUCGGCUCUGUGUAGUUUAACGCAGAUGUUCAAAACCGAUGUCAAAGCUGACGUGCAUACCUGUAUAACGUAGGUAGAUGACGUAUUGACGCCACAAAAAAAAUACAACGCUGCACGUGCAACACAGCGUUCCCAACCUAGCCCACAAUGUCUGCUGUGUGGAUCUAUUCUGAAGUUUCAAAAGGAAGGUAACAGAAAGGCCAUAUGCAACGUUUGCGCUGCUAUUAUUUCCCGAGAAGGGGAGAAAGUGAAAUCUUUCAAUACCAGAAACCUAAUUACUCAUUUGAAAGUGCGUCACCCCCAGACGUUCAGCGACUACUUACAACGAAAGCAGAAAGAAAACUAAGCUCUCACACUUCCAACAACUAAACAAGUUCAAGUCGAGCAGUCAUUUGGAAGAGUAAGAACAUUUGGGCGAGACUCAAAGGCCAAAUCCAUCAACGGCAAGAUAAUGGAAUUCAUUGCCCUUGACAUUCUACCGUUCUCUGUCGUUGGAUUUAAGUUGGCUUUCGCCGACUAGUCGAGCACCGGUACACCCUACCAACAGUAUUGUUGAAACGUACAUCCCAUGAGCUACUUGCUGUGGGCGUCACCGCUAUUAGCUUCACGACUGACAUUUGGACCAGCGAUGUCAGCCCCAUGAGCAUGCUGAGUCUGACAGCACAGUGGGUCGACGAGGAUUUCGUACUGAGGAAAGCCGUAUUGCACGCUCAAGAAUGUGCUGGUUCUCAUACCGCUGCUGCCACUUCAAUGGCAUUUGAGAACAUGUUUGAAACUUGGAAAAUCCCCAAGAACAAAGUACACGCUGUGCUACGUUAUCAUGACAAAGGCUUUGGAAGAAUGCGGAGUUGCCAGUUUGCCAUGCAUGGCACACACGCCAGUGGCAACAGGUAGGAAGAUAGCGGGUCAUUUUAAACACUCGCAGCUAGCAUACAGCCGCCUGCAAGCAAUACAGGAACAGUACUUUUUACAUGAUAGAGGGCCUGCUGGAAUAAAAACGAGUGCUUGGUGUGUACGCAGCCGACUCAUGAAUUACCUGCAACAAUCAGUACAAACCAGUGGACUCUCAUUCGAUGCAGACAAGAAACAGUGUUUAGGUGAAAUGUUCCAGACACAGCUGGACAAGAUGGAAACGGACACAGUGACCGUGUCACCGAGAGAGAGGAACCACGACAGAAGAGGCCACGGACAGACAGAACUGAAACUUCACUGUUCGACAUGUAUGAUGAAAUUCUGGUUGAGAACGGAACGACUGAACAACGAAACAGCACAGCAGCAAUCCUAUGUGAUCCUAGCCAUCAUAAUCUUCCUGCCUUACAUCUCCCAGUCUCUAAAAUGGUGCCGCAGCAAAGCUAUUGGUCAGGUGGAGGAGACGCCAGAUUCCUUCCUGUUCUACACGUACCAUCCCAAUGAACCCCUCAGCAAGGAAAGGGUGGAGGCCUUCAGCGAUGGCGUGUUUGCCAUCGUGGCUACUCUACUCAUCUUAGACAUAUGUGAGGACAACGUACCCGACCCAGUGGUGGUCCAGAACCAGUAUGGUGGGAGUCUGGUGGCUGCCCUGCAGGAAUACGGUCCAGAGUACCUGGCCUACUUCGGCUCCUUCGCUACUGUGGCUCUCCUCUGGUUCGUCCAUCACUCCCUCUUCCUUCACGUCACCAGGACCACUCGUUUCAUGGGCCUUCUCAACACCUUCUCUCUGGCCUUCGUAGGGGGCCUGCCCUUGGCCUACCAGCUGACCCACGAGUUCCCCCGUAACUCCCGCAACGAGCUGGAGGCCAUCCAGAUCAGCUGCGUCAUCAUCUUCUUUGCCGGCGUCUUCCAGCUCGCCAUCUGGGUGGCAGCGCUGUUCAGCGAGCGCGAGACACUGCACCCAUACGUGCGCUACGGCGGCCGUGAGCACACCUUCAUGUUGGCCAAGCUGGCUCUGUACCCGUGCGUGGCGCUGGGGACCUUCUUCCUCACCUGCUUUCUCAGUAAGUUCAGCGCGUCUAUUUUCCACAUGAUGGAGAUUACGGUGCCGUUUGCUUUCCUGUUGCUGAGGCUGCUGGUCAGAGGCGGGCUGGCGCUGCUACGGCUCGUAUUCUGUCCUGAUGGGCCGGAGACGAGGAGCGCUCUAGAGGAGGAGGAAGAGGAGGCUAGGAUGCCCUUCAACGCCAUGAUCACUUAGUGGUGGUCAUUUAGCUAGAUGAUCAGAUUAGUUCUGGGUCUGUAUUCACAAAUGUUGCAGAGUAGGAGUGCUGAUCUAGGAUCCGUUUAUAUAAUAAUAGUAUAAUAAUAGUAUGAAUAAGAUGAUAUGGACAGGGGGUACCUGAUCCUAGAUCCGCUUUGUGAAUACAGGCUCUGGACUUGGGGACGUGACCUGUAGGACAGAUAUACUGUAGCCACAGCUUGUCUUGACCUCUAAGGGAGAGUUUGAGUUCCAUUCCAUUUGAACUUGUACUUUCGGUUUGAAUCGACGAGUCGUUUUCUUUUCAAAUUGGUUGGGUAAGUCAAGUGAAAUGGAAUGGAUGAUUUGGAAUGGAAUUGAUCCCACCCGUGGUCUCAAGGUAAGGUGGUAGGUAGGGAAAUGGCACUGAGCUAGAGAGGUGGCGAGUACAACCAAUGUAAUUGACAGUUCUCCAUUUUAUAUAAUUUGUAUCUGACUUCUUGAAUGAUGAUUUAUUUUUUACCCUUGAAUCUAGUUUGUGCCAACAUUAUACUCCAACAGGCACAGGGGUCGCGUUAGAGUUCAGAAAUCUGCGUUUCUAAACCAUUUCACCUGCGUUUUUUAUAUUGAAAGUCCCCCCCUCAAAAAAAAUGUUUUCUUCAAUAGAGUGAUCAAGGGCGUGCUACUAUAGUUUUCCUUCACAGAAAAUACUUUAGUGCAGCAUAUUCACAAAAUGGCUUCGUUUUCAUCAGAUGACAACAGAAGUGCAACGCUAUUUGGCUGGCAGCCACACAAGUAAAUGAGCUUACAAUGAAAAAGCAAGGUAUUUUUUUUUCUAAAACAAUGCAUGGGACAUCAUAUUUCUGUUUAUCAUUUGAAAGAAUGUAGGCGGCUACAUUUCCUGAUGUUUUUCUUUUUAAGUUAAUCUUGCAUUUUACAGGAGAAAAGUAGGCUACACCGAGAAAAGUACCCGAGGAAAGUAGCUCCACAUCAGUCAGAGCGCUGUCUGCUGAAUAAAACGCCCCUUGGUGAAUUCCCGUCCGAGUGGAGAUGUGAAACUGAAGCACAAAAUUAGUCUGAAGCCGUGCAGAAAUUACAAUAAGAAGCAUUUCUAGAUCUGCGUUUAUAAAAGUGUUUUAUCUUCUUUUUUUUUUUUUUUUUUGCAUGAAAAACGCUGAAUUAUGCAUUAACGUGACCCCUGAGGCAAAGGAGUGAAAUGUUAGCACAGACUUAAUUUCAAGCUAAGUUUAUUUUUGGGUUUUCAUUCAUUCUGAAUAUUGCACAAAAUCAUCAUCAUGUCCACUUCCAACAUACUGUGGCAGAUGAAAUGGAAGGUCUCCCGUGUACUGUCCAUCUAACAUACAGUACAUAUUGACCACCGAGUUUAAUCACUGAGUAACAAUUUACAGGAUUGUCAAAUGUACAGUAAUAUCAAGUAACAAAGUAUCAAUUCUACAAUCUUUAAAAAAACAAAUAUGUAUAACAUCAAUCCAUGAGUGUUCAGCAUGAAUCUGACCAAGAGGGUAACUUCACUUUUCUCAGUUCUGAAUACUAUAAUAACAGUCCACAGGAAUGUACUCACAUUAAUGAGUUGGGUCAACUUAUGUCAAUAUACUUACAUUUAAUGUGUUGGGUGAGCUCAUAAUAUUGCACUUCUUAUUUUACACAAUGAAAAUCCCUAUGCUUGGGCAUACACUACAAGACCUCUAAAAUCUUAACAACUUGGAAUUGCUCACAUUUCCCGAUUUUCCGUGUCCCAAGUCUUUCAUUCCGUCCAUCCUCAACCCCAGGAUGUGGGUGCUCAUGUUACACGAUGAUUCCCUAGUUGAUCCUGCCCAGUGUUUCUCGGUUGUCAUAGGACACACUCGGUUGUCAUAGGACACACUCGGUUGUCAUAGGACACACUCGGUUGUCAUAGGACACACUCAGUUGUCAUCCCGACACGCAAACAGCGAGCUGCUUUAUUAGUGUGACCAUUAUUAUGUGCAGAAACAGACGGAGGCGCAGAAUAUGGACUAUAAGAAAUAAUGAUAAAAUGAAAGUAUAUUUUUUGGUGUCUGUCAUGGUGGAGUUAGUUUUGCAUGGCCCGAUUUUGAGUGGAUUUCACUUAAGGACCAAUGGAAUGGUCUAAAAUGAUGAAACGCUGCUCAUCGGGGGCACCGGGCCAUGUAAAACGAACUCUCUCAUUGAAAACGCAGCCGUGUUCUCUCCACAGCUCCACCAAUCAGUCUCCCAUCACCUCGGUUCUCACCGUGCGUGUUGUUGUUGUUACUUUCCUCUUCCGACAGAAUUGUUUUGGUCUCACAUGCGGAGUUCUCAUUGGCUAUUGGCAGCAGACCUUGCCCAAUCGCGUCGUAGCACUGCUCAUACUACAAGAUGCACAACCAACAUUUCAGACGUCAGAAAAUAAAUCGGGACAGAGGUCUGGAGAACGGAACAGCCAUCAUCCGUGCGUCCUUAGACCCGCUCAAACUACUAAGAGUCCCGACGUACUGAUGAUCCUAACCCAAGUUCAUAGGAUUUCAACCCGGUCAUGAAAAAAUGUCUGGGACGGCAGAAACGUGUAGUGUAUGCCCGGCAUUAGCUGUGCACUUUAGAUUAGAAUUGGAAAGGUCCCCAUUUAAAAUGAUCAAGUAGCAUUCUUUCUGCACUUAUGCUAGUUUGUUACAUUCUGAAUUACAUUUUUAAAUUAAGUAAAAAGUAAGGUUAAUUUGUGUGCAUCAAUUGUGAAUAGCCAUUCUCAUCCGUUCAGACAUGUUGUACUCGGAGUAGAUUCAUUUCUUGGCCAUGUAACAUCAAACCAUAGUAUGACAUACAAUGAAAUUACCAACCCACUCAAGACAUGGUUGCAGACAGUGAUUUAUUUAAUAUAGAUGUUUAAUGUUACAUUAGAUUGAAAUGUAAAACGGUUUUCUUUGCAAUUUUCUGGAUGUGAUGAUGUUUAUUUUCCUAUAAGGUCACUGUUAUUCAAAAUAUCAUUAAGUUACAAUGUUAUUGCUGCAAUACUGUUUGAUUUGUGUUUGACGUUGAAAAAGCACUUUAAUUCAGAAUGCUUCAGUGUUGUCUGCUUAGAGCUCAAAUAAGGGAUCAAAUGUAAUCUCUGUUAACCCAGAACUAAUGUCUUGCGUAAUUUGUCAGCUGCUUGAAGUUCUGGGUCCAUACGUGUUAGAAUAAGGAGCUGAACCGGAACGAGAAGCUCCUCCCGUUCUCUUUGCAAGGUACAUGCCGAAUGUCCCCUCCCCAUCCGAACACCUGCAAAAUCGUGAUUUGUCUAAAUAACUUGUGAUGAAAAACCCGAACACCGGAACCGCUGCUGCUCCAUUCCAAUUCUGCAGUACCAGUUAUGUUUAUGUAGAUCUGUUCUCGAGAGAUUAAAGCUAUACGAGUGCUGUGUCACUCAUCGCUAACACUGCAAGUUCAAUGUCCAAUUGCAAGUCCUUUUUUAAUAUAAUCAAUAAACUGCUUUAAAAAAGGCACAAUCUGUCAGUUUAUUUUUCUUUGAAAAUAAAUAAUGUACUAAUCUUUCAUCCAGAGGACUGAUCUAGGAUCAGACCCCCCCCCUAAAAUGCAAAACUGAUCCUCGAUCAGUCCUCGCGCUCAGUCCACAGAAGAGGACAGUUAUUAUUUCUAUAUGGGAAAGAAGCCAGGAAGCACAACAAAAUGUACUUCUGGAGGAAAUAAAUUAAAUACGUAAAAACCCGGAGGAGAAUCAAAGGAAGCAAGCGUUUCAGACCGUGCUUUGGUAAACGUUUGGUAAAGUUUCUCUCUCUGCUAAUCAGAAGAGAUGAAGGGUUGGAUUCAUUCAGACACGAUGGGAAAAAAAUUCCAGUGCAAAAAAAAAAAAAUAAAUUAUUACAUUCAA